UGGGCGUGCCAGAUGCUGGCGACGCUGGCGAUGGGCCAGAUGACCAGGGACCUGGCGACGGUCCAGGUGAUGAUGAUAUGCAUGGAGGCGGUGACGAUCAUCCUGAUGGGCAUGCUGGUGGCGGUGAAGAAGGAGUUCGCGCUCAGGCUGACGGUGCAGCCGUUUGAGAUAUGGCAGGAGUCUGCUGCAGGAGCAGUCGGCUCUGCUCAGGUCUUUAUCGUUUCUGAUCCACUUCAUAUCGACCUCUUCGAUUGCAUCAAUGGCACCUGCGACAGGGACCAAACGUGUCGUUGGAGCCCGAGGCCGAGUGAUAUCGAUGGCUGCUUGUUCUUGGACCAGCCUGAGGUUCUCAGGCCACGCGUGAAGCUCUCAGAUACGUCUGUGCCCGUCCUCAGCCUGAUGGACGAGCUCCGCAUGCUCGGCUGGGCCUUCGAGGAGAGGGCUCCGUCGGCGGGAGGUAGCGCGUUAGAUGAGGAUCUCUUCUUUGACGAUGCUGUGAUGGAGACGGGCACGUGCUACGCUUGCAACUUGGAUGAUGUGCUCACGAACCUCCCCUGCCGCCACGACGGGCACACCUUCCACCAGGGCUGCUAUGAGGGGGUCAGGGCCCACUGGCGAAGCAUGAGCAACUUUCCCGCGGCGAAGGAGGCCAACAAGCAGAACUACAAGAACGACCCCAUGGCGUGGCGAGCUUCGGUGGCUCCGUUUCUCCCGAGCGCCGAGCCCGAGGUUAGGGCCCAGGCAGUGGCGACUGCGAAGCGGGAGCACGCGGAGAUCGAGGAGCACGUGGAGAAGCAGUUCGACCAGGAGCUGGAGGACGACAUGCUGCUCACCAAGUCGCAGUACAUCGGCUGGAUGCUGAACAACGAGGCGUCGACGAGGACACGCAGGGAGCUCGGGAAGGACUUCGACCGACUUGUGGAGGAGCAGGGGGACAAGCACAAGAACAGGAACGGCGAGAGCCGCGUGAAGCAUGAGGGAUAUGGGACGCUGCGGAAGGGCAAGAGCAACGAAGUCAAAAAAGGCGCGCUGAAGGUCAGCGAGAUCGACGUUGAGACCUACAGCCUCAAGCGACGGAGGCAAUCGAUCCUGUCGCGGAAGAUCGAGGACGCGCUGAACACCUUGAAUGGCGCCGCAGGCGAGAAGACGAAGAUGACUACCAUGUCGGAGAAGCUGGCCAGUCUCGAUGCCAAGCACCAGCUGCCCACCAAGACCGAUGCGAUCGCCAAGAAGGCCGACGACCAGACGGAGAUCCUGAAGGAGAAGAACGGUGAGGUGAACCAUUCGACUGUGGAGAACUUGGCGUCGCUCGAGAGGUCCGCCGAGGUCGCCAUCGAGCAGCUGGAGAUCGCCCAGAGGGCCUGCAAAGACCACUACGAGGCCAUGGACUUCGUAUUCAAGGACAGUAAGGUCCAGGAGCGCAAGGUCUACCAGGCCGAGCACCACCAGAUCAUGAAGGUUGCGAACUCCCUGAUCUCGGGCGGCUUCAAGAAGAGGCUGGGGAUCGCGGUUGCGAGAAAGAUCCGCGGCUACCCGCUGGCGGAGAAUGCGCUGACCAACCACGCGCUGGGAGUUGCUGCCCCCGAGGGCGACGAGGCGGAGUACAGCGGGGACGCCGUCCAGAUCUUCUGCAGCGCGGAUACAACAAUCGAGAAGAUGGUCAACCAGUUCAUGGCGGAGUCGGCCACGAAGAUGGAGGCCAAGAUCACGACCAUGGACAACCUCAUGCUCAGGGAGGCUAAGGCGCCAGGGGCCAUUGGCCGCAUCCAGAGCUCGUUGCAGACGUUCGACUUCGCGCCCCUCCCGAAUGACAUCACUCUUGAUGCAGAUGGUGGUGCGGACCCCUGGAUGUUCACAGCUAGGUUCAACGCGUUCAGGUUUGGUGCAGCUGCAGUUCCUCUUCCUGGCGUAGGCUUCGUCAUGAAGAAUUGGGAGAGCCAGAUGUACGUGGGCCUCUUCAAGAUCGAGAGCCUGCUCGACGACGGUAUCGUGAUGCCGAACGCCGCGAAGUUCCUGGAGACGGACGACGGCGUCAAGUUUUUCGAGCGCUCCGAGUGGGUGGUGGUUCCGCCGAAAGGGGUCUUGAGUGUGCCGUGGGGUUGGGUCGCGAUGCCAGUGUUCUACGAGCCUAAGAAAACUACGGAAUGGGGCCACGCUUGGUUUUUGGCGAAGCUCUCGGCGACGGAGGCGAAGGGGUGCGGCACGGACGUGCUGAAGACGAUCAAGGCCUUCAACGAUGACCACAUGAAGGGCUCUGCGGCGGUGCCCAUGUGGAAGGCCAGGGCGACGAUGUUCAGUCAAGUUAUGGAGUCCGUGCUCGAUACCAACACGGCCAUCGAAGCCUCGUCAUGCGCCGGCGCCCCUGGCGAUGCUGGCUAUCCGGUGGGCCCGACGGGGGUCCUGAUUCUCAUCCGGAGGGUGGCGGUGGCCGUGGCUCUCGCCACACUGCAGUGCGCAGUGCUGAGGCAGGUGCUCGUCGAGCUGCUGGUCCUUGGGCUGCCCAGCGGAGGUGGCCCGUGCCCGCUGCAGUGGGAGCUGAUGUUAGUGCUCUUCCGCCCUCCCAGAAUGCCCGGGUCGGACCAGACGCUCCUGGACGUGAUCAUCCAGCUAGAAGUGGCUGGGCUCGGCACGCUGUGCGAACCGACCGCAGCACCCCCCAGGAAGCUCUUCGAGCAGAACUCUAGGAAGUUCGCGCUGCACGGGCCUGACAUGAAAGCAGUGGCGCUCGGCAUGGAUGUGAUUGAUGGUUGUAGCGGUG